AUGAUGAGUACCAAGCGCGCCGAAGUCCUCCUAGGAAGUGGAAAUUAUUUCCAUUGGGAGUUCAAUAUGAGGAUGUCGCUCGCCAGAAAAGGACUGCUGGCGCACGUGGAGGUGGUCAAGGCGGAGAGUGAGAUAACGGAAGCUUGGUUAGUAAAUGACGCAAAGGCUCUCGGCAUCAUCGCGCAGGGUGUGGAACUACAACACCAGACAAAGAUCCGUUCGUCGACGCGUGCUAUUCAAGCGUGGGUAACACUUAGGGAGUUCUACAAUCGCACUACACUCCACAAUCGGGUCACGAUGACACGGCGCCUCCACGAAUUCAAGAUGGAUGCUGGAACGGCCAUAACAAAGCAUUUGGACGCUUUCGACGAGCUCGUUGUCGGUCUUCAGACGCUUGGAGAGCCCGUCGACGAGGCACGGCAGCUAGUAGUGCUGCUGAGCAGCCUUCCAGCCGAAAACGAGCUGAUAUCGUCGAUCAUCGAGAACGUCAAGGACAUCACGCUCAUCGAGGUGAAAGAGAAGCUGUUGAAGGAGUGUGAACGGUUGGAGAAGAAAGACACGACUUCGGAACGAGCAUUUAAGGUCAACGCUGGACGUUUCAAGGGCAACAAGAGGAGUGGUCGCAAGUGGAGCGAUCAGAAGAAGAACUCUAGUGGUUUCCAAGGCAAGUGUUUCAAGUGCAACAAAGUUGGGCACAUGAAGCGGGACUGUCAAGAGGGAACAACAGACGGCGAUGCGGUAUUUGUUGUGAGCACAGAACGUGUAAACGGAUGGUUGAUCGACAGCGGCGCGACCGCCCACAUGACCCCGCACCGUUCCGAUCUGUUCGAGUAUGAGAACGUGAAUGGUGGCAUCGAAGUAACAAUCGCUGACGGAAAGAAGCUGCAGGUCACUGGACGUGGUACGGUACGCUUGCUUGGACUGGACGGUAAACGGAUUAAGAUGGUUGAAGUUCUUCACAUACCGGGCCUCGAUCGGCGUCUGUUGUCAGUGGGGAAGCUCGCGGAUCGUGGACUGAACGUGGGGUUUCAACGUUCCUCAUGUGUUAUAUGGGGAGCGGCUAGCGCAAUUGCGAAGGGUAAGAAGAUCGGCAAGGCUUACAUGUUAGACUGUGAACAAGAAGAAGCUCGGUUCGUCCAGUACGCCGGGGCUGACAGCAAGUGGGAGCUUUGGCACGCUCGCCUGGGGCAUCCCAACCAGGAUGCUCUGGAUAAGACAAGGCAUGCCACGAACGGUAUUCCGGCUGUUGGUCAACCGCCCCAGUCUUUGUGCGGCGGAUGCAUGAAGGGGAAGCAAACGGUGGCUAAAUUUCCGCAUUGUUCCAGCUCGAAGACGUCGCGCGUUCUUGAGCUCGUCCACACGGAUAUGAUGGGACCAAUGAAUAAUCCUUCGAAAGGUGGUGCCAAGUAUGUCCUGACGUUCGUGGACGACUACUCGCGCUACGUUGUGGCCUAUUUCUUGAAAAAGAAGAGCGAGGUGGCUAUUAAGCUUAGAGAGUUCAUGACGUUCUAUGAGAAUCAACGGGGAGAGCGCAUGAAGUGUUUACGAUCGGAUAACGGAACGGAGUUUGUCAACCAAGAGAUGACGAAGAUAUGUAUGCUGAACGGUAUCGUGCACCAACGGACUGUCCCGUAUAGCCCUCAGCAGAAUGGAGUGGCAGAACGGAUGAACCGAACUAUCAUGGAGAGAUCUCGAAGUAUGCUAUACUACAAGGGCGUUCCAAUGGAGUGGUGGGCUGAAGCAGUUAGUACUGCGCUAGGUUUCAAAGUGAAACCUACGCUAGAUCACCUACGCGUAUUUGGUUCUCGCGGGUACGCUCACAUUGACGAAGCGAAGAGGACGAAGCUUGAACCUAAGAGCUUUAGAUGUCUGCUGCUCGGAUACCCAGAAAACGUCAAUGGUUACCGUGUCUAUGACUUGGACGCUUCCAAGGUCAAAGUUUCUCGCUCGGUGAAAUUGGACGAGCGUGAGGUAGAUGGUAUUUACGAUACACUACCUGCUCAGAUCGAAACAGUUAUUCAUGUUAGCACAGACGCCGAUGAUGAAGUCACGCUCGCACCAGUGGAACUUCAACCCGUCGAAGCGGAACCCAUGGAAGGCGUUGAGAACGACGCACCGGAUGUAGAGAUGGAGAGCAUGCAACCGAUACAGGACGCUAUACCGCCGCUGCUGAUGCCACAAGAACGGUCAGCUCCCACUGGAUUUGAGUUGGAACCGUACUGUGGACCACCGACUAUCUUCGAGGACGAUCAAGUGGUGUUCCAUACCCCUAGAGACCGUUUUAGAAGUUCCCGGGAACCAGUCUUCCUUCUUGAAGAGGGAACAAACGCAGAGGAAGAAUGGAAGUCGGAAGGAAGAGAUGGACCGUCCUAUCCGAAGCGUGCCAGGAUCGAUGAAGACGGCCUUAUUGCUGAAGCCAUCCUCACGUACGCAGCAAUCAUUGACACAGUGGAUCUUCCUACAACAUACGCUCAGAACUAUGUGUGCCAGCUGAACAAGGCCAUCUAUGGACUGAAGCAAGCUGCAAGUGCCUGGAACAAGACCAUUCAUCGGGUAUUUCUUGGGUACGGAUUCAAGAGCUGUGGUGCGGACCAGUGCGUCUAUGUCAAGCGUUCCAAGAGCAAUUUCAUUUACGUCUGUCUUUACGCAGAUGAUAUGAUCAUUGCGGCGAAGACUAGUGAUGAAAUUGAUGACGUGAAAAACGCACUCAAGAGUGUCUUUAAGAUGAAGGAGCUUGGACCGGCGAAAUUUAUCCUGGGAAUGGAGAUCGACCAUAACAUGACUGCUGGAACGCUUAUGAUUAAGCAAACGCGAUACAUCGAUGAUGUGGCGAAACGGUUCGGGCAAGAGAACGCUAAGUCGGUUGACAACCCGUGUGCAACUGGUCUUAAGUUGUCAAAGUCGCAAUCGCCAGCAACGGAUGAAGAGCGAAGAAAGAUGCAAUCGAGACCGUACCGCUCCUUAAUUGGAUGCCUACUGUAUAUCACGACGUGUACUCGCCCGGACAUUUCAUUCGUGGUAACGCAACUUUCUCGUUUCCUGGAGAAUCCCGGGGCGCAGCAUUGGAACGCUGCUAUACGUGUUCUACGCUACUUAAAGACGACUCGCCAGCACGGGAUCAUCUACAGAGGUGGUACUGGCAGCGUCACAGCUGAAGCCUACUCGGAUGCGGACUGGGGUUCCAACCUCGACGACAGGCGUUCUGUCUCGGGGGUUAUGAUCAUGAUUGGGAACGCUCCGGUGGUGUUCAAAUCUAAGUUCCAACGAACGGUUGCCCUCAGCUCAGCGGAAGCUGAGUAUAUGGCUUUAAGCCUAUGCGUUCAGGAAGUGCUAUGGACGCGUGCGAUACUGACGGACAUGGGAAUGGUACAAAUGAACGCUACCCAGAUAUGGGAGGACAAUCAAGGAGCGAUUGCUUUGGCCCAAAACGCUGGUUAUCAUGCUCGGACCAAGCAUGUGGACAUCCGUCAUCACUUCAUCAGAGAGACGAUCGAAGACGGGACGGUUGCGGUAGCGUAUGUGGACACCAAACAUCAAUUGGCCGACAUACUGACCAAGGCGCUAGGAUCCAAGACGUUCAAGUUCCUGCGCGAUGCAAACAGUAUCCAGUGCAAAGAAACCAAGCAGUAG